AUGCCGGACGAUUCGAAGGGGAAGGGGUUCCCCGAUGUUUCCGCCAAGCUCUCCGCACUGCCCAAGAAAUCGCUGUUUGAGCGCCAAAGAGCCGAAGCCGAAGCUAAACGCGCCCGCGAGAAAGCCGAAACCGCCGCAGUGUACGAGGACUUUGUUAAGUCAUUUGACGAUGAUGCUCCCCAAAGGGCUUCUGACACGCGUCCGAAUACAUUUGGCUCAAGAGGUGGUGGGAUGACAGGAGGACCGGCACGGCGACAUUUCACAAGCUCAGGUCCACGCAGCAGUGGUCCCGGUACACUAGGGCCACCGCCACCAUCAAUAUCUCGUAAACGCACCCAUGAAGGAUUCGCACCGAUAUCGCGCAAUCGUGACACUGCGCAAGGGGCCUUUGGGUACGAUCAUGCAAGCACAGGCCCAACCGGUCCCCCGUCAGCAUUCCGCAGCGCAUCCGAUGACGAUGAACGGAUGGCAGAUACCAAAGACGCCGAGAAAGCAGCUGCAAAGCCUACCCUAUUUCUGGCCUCGCUUCCUCCUGGGACUUCGCCGUCAGUCCUCAAGUCGCUGAUACCAUCUUCCCUGGUUGUGGACAAUGUGAAUAUUCUCCGACCACCUAAUCAAUCCGCUACGGAGCGAAAAUCAUCGGCAGCUAUUGUCACGUUGUCUAGUGACUCUGCAGCUUCAGAUAUUGACAGUGCUGUGAGUGCGCUGCAAAACAAGUAUCUCGGCCGGGGAUACAACCUAUCCAUCUCUCGACAUCUCUCAUCUGCUGCCAUUGGCUCAAUUAUGCCACCAACUAUUGGCAUGUCUUCAACGACUUCACUACCAUUUGGUGCUAAGACCGUCCAACCCACGUUUGGCGGAAGUCUGAGUCGUGCGCCGCCGCCGGGACCGCAUCGAGGGGGAAUUGCCCCUCCAAGUUCUUAUGGGAACUAUGUCAGAGGUGGACCUUCCACACAAGUGGAAGUAAAAACACCCUCUGACAUUAAAGAGUUAAGGUUGAUUCACAAGACGCUUGAAAACCUCCUCAAAUUUGGACCUGAAUUCGAAGCUUUACUCAUGAGCAGGCCAGAGGUUCAAAGAGAAGAAAAAUGGGCAUGGAUUUGGGACGCCCGCAGCCCCGGUGGUGUAUACUAUCGUUGGAAACUAUGGCAGACCAUUACCAACCCGCGGUCUCGCAACAAACGAAGGGCGGGCACACAAAACCUUUCUUCAAUAUUUGAAGGCGGCUCGAGUUGGGUACCUCCGGAAAGUGAGAUUAAAUUCGAGUACACUACACAUCUUGAUGAAUUUGUUUCAGACGAGGACUACAACUCCUCCGAUGAAGAAAAUUCGGACGGAGAAGAUGAGAGGCGGAAUGUGGGAGGAGGACCUCCACCCGAGGGAGUGAGCGCAAAGAAUGACAGUCUCGGCUACAUGAACCCUCUACGGAAGGCCAAGCUGACACAUCUCCUUGCUCGACUACCGACGACUCAUGCCAAGCUCCGGAGAGGUGAUGUCGCGAGGCUCACGGCCUUUGCAAUUGAGAAUGCGGGUGCAGGCGCGGACGAAGUUGUCGACUUGAUUGUGCUCAACAUCCUCAACCCUCUGGCCUACACUGGUGCCAACCCUGAGCGCGAGCUGGAAAAGGAGGCGGCAAGGCCGGAUGAUGGUGACAAAGAUAACUCAAAUGCCCCUAAGGCACCCAUGGAUGUGUCUGCAGCGAAACUGGUUGGGCUCUACAUCAUUUCCGACAUUCUCUCGUCAUCAGCCACCAGCGGUGUCCGUCAUGCAUGGCGAUAUCGACAGCUGUUCGAAGCUGCCCUUCGUGCGCAUAAGGUUUUUGAACAUCUCGGUCGGCUUGAGAAAGAUCUCAACUGGGGCCGACUCAAGGCAGAGAAAUGGAAGCGCAGCGUUGGCACUCUCCUUCACCUGUGGGAAGGGUGGUGUGUCUUUCCACAAUCCAGUCAGGAGCACUUUGUCCAGAUGUUUGAGCAGCCACCGCUCGCGGACGAAGAAAUUCAAAAAGAGAAGGAAAAGGCCGAAGCAGAAAGAGCCGCCAGCGCAUUUUCCAAAAGCAAGAGUCGCUGGAAGACCGUCGAUGAUGACUCUGCAGCUGAAAAAUUCGAUCCAAGCAAGCAAGCUGAAGCUGAAGAUCGAAGUCAUCUGCCAACUCAGCAGAUUGGUCUGGCAGAAGACGAAUCUAUGAGUGACAUUGAUGGUGUCCCGAUGGAAGAUAGCGACUUGGAGAUGGCUGAUGAAGAUGUGGAACCAAUGGAGGAAGACCAACCACCGCCAGGCGGUGAUGAUACCAAGGAAAAACCGCAUGUGCAGCCCCAGCAGAUACCCGAGCUGCAAGAGCCAUCAUCUCAGCGCCCGCGUCGGGCACGGCCCAAGGCCGAAGACAUGUUUGCCUCGGACUCGGAGUGA